AUGGUCAUCAUCUCGUCCCACCGGUACAAACACACAGCCAUAGACCCCCCAAACCCCACAAGCGCCCCUCAAGACCAACAGAUUAACCGCUCCACUCUGCUCUGUAUAAGGGGCCCCUUCGUGCGCAACAAGGGCGCGCGGCAAGCCCAGUCGAUGGAUGAGCAAUACGAGAUCGGUGCUAUGGUGUACGAAUGCAUCGCAGCGCUAAGCUUGAUGAUUAUGGUGCUAGCCUGCGUGCAGCACGGGGUCAGCCUGCCUCUUACGUUCUUCGUAGUUUUCAUGGCACCUACGAUAAGAGCCCAUCUUUGGAAACGUGCGGCGCGGGAUGUACAUCCGCAAGAAAAACUUCCGGUGCCUGAACGGCAGCUCAGCGAACAUAUAUCAGAAGGAAAUACAUCUACGAAAAGCACGUCUACUCAGGAUGGGCCGAUCCGGGACACUUUUCCCGUCCGAGAAGCACAAUUUUUGAAUAUAUCUUCGAACAGCGCCCAAGCGGAAAAUGAGUGCAAGGGUAAGAACAAGAAGCGCGUCACUUUCGCGGACGCCGUGACGGAUCUAGACCGUCUCCGGGAGCUCCGAAGAAACAGGCCCAGCUAUUAA